AUGAGUCAAAGCAGCGAAGGAUUUAUGAAAAAGAUAAGCAAUGUGAAUCUUGACAAGCUUAUAAGUGAUUUCUCUGAGAUAGAAAAGAAAAUGAUAGAAACAAGUGGAAAGAAUAAUAUACUGGAUAUACAGUUGGAAAAAACUAACUAUUUGUUAAAAGUAACGCAAACAAAGGAGGUCUCAAUUAAAAAAGAAUGUUCUACUCUUCAUAAUAUGAUAAAAGGGCUACAACAGACCAUUGAACAUCAACAUAAUUUGAAAGGUGAAAAUGAACAACUAAAAAGAAAUGCUGAUCUUAUGAAAGAAAAACUAAAGUCUCAUGAACAGGAAUAUCAGAAUAACAUUGCCAAACUUAUGAGUGAAAUGAAAAUCAAAGAGGAGGAACAUAAAAUAGAAAUAAGGAAACUUUAUCAAGAUAUGCAGGAAAAAAUUGAGUCAAAUGAAGAAAAGCAUAAAGAACUGAUAGAGAAAAAAGAGGUGGAAAUUUCAGAGUUAAAUGCAAAGUUAAGAAUUCAAGAAAAGGAAAAACAAAGUGAAAUAAUCAAGUUACACCUAGAGUUUGAUGCCAAACUAGCAAGAGUUCAAACUAAAUCAAAAUCCUAUCCAGAUUCUACUGCUUUGCCACAGAGUAUCUACAGAAGGAAGCUUCAACACCUUCAAGAAGAAAAAAACAAGGAGAUUGCAGUUCUUCGUAAUACCAUUCACGAUUUAGAGCAACGUCUCUCUGUUGGCCAAGAUUCUCAACUUAAACCUUUUGACAAAGGUUCUUGCCCUAAGCGUAGACGGUUUUGA